CUUGUCACAAAAUGCGUGGUUUCGUUUCUGUUUGUCAUAGCUGUACCAAGACUAAGGGAUUCAAAUAUCACAUUAGCAAUAACUGUAAGAAGACCAGGGGACUUAGAUGUCACAGAAAUACCCAUACCUAGACAAAUGCAUUAAAAUAUCACAAUCAUUACCUGCACUAAGACCAAGAGAUUCUUCAAAUAUCACAUCAGUGAUACCCGUGCCAGAAACACAGAGAGAGAGGGAGAGAGAGAGAGAUAGUCAGGUGAUAUUUGUUGUUUUACUUGAUGCGUAAUUAUAAUACAACAUGAUAAUCGCAUGAUCCGAGUUGAAUCAAGACCUUGGUACAUAAUCUUUCAAUUUUUUUCCCCCAACGUUACCCAGAGUGGCUUUUCAAGACCUUGGUACAUUCUCGUGCAGGCUUAUUCCGACGUGACACAGUGUUUGCUUAUAAAAAGAGUUAGCAGCCUGGUGGUACCGUAUUAUAGCGUCAUAAAGUCUUAGCAGCUCGGUGAUACCGUCUUAUAGAGUCUUCGUGUCGCUAUUAUCAGGUACAGAAUUUUUCUUAAAUCAUUCCAUUGUUCCAUUUGAUAGUUUUCCUAUAUUUUAUAAAUUGUGAUUCAGCGUUUUAAUUUAAAUUUAAAUCAACUAUUUAUGUCAACAAUCUCUUAUAUAUGUUUUUCUUGUGGUGUGGCUGCUUCCAUUUCCGACUGCUUCCUAUUCCCAACUAAUCCUAACCGGCCCGCAUCUCCUCAACAUGUUUGAUAGCUCUUAUAUAUAUUGAGCUUUCGGUGUGACUCGUGGAUUGUUUCUGCUUCCACUUCUGGCUGCUUCCUAUUCAGCGUAUUUGGUAUCGAGAGUAUAUUACAAAUAAUUCUAUAUUAUGUCUGAAAGAAACUAUGGUUCAAUAGUGAGUUCAACAGCGCGCAAAAUUUAAUUCCCGAUAACUACACUAAUUUUUUUUUUUAAAUGCAUCUGCGUUUGGUGCGAAAUAUUUUCUUUUCGGAAAAUGAAAUCAUCUCAAUUUCAGUAUUAUAUAAAAGUAUUCGGUUUAAAAGUAGUUGGGAAAUAAUAACAUUUAAUAUAGUUCACUGGCGUGAAAUAAAAAGUGUGCAGCGACGUAUCAUGGGGGGAAGGGAUGUAGCGAAAAUUUGGAUUCUUAAAUGUGCGUUACUUGAGUUCAUGUUUUUGUCAAGUAACUUUUAGUUGAUGGGAAGUUCACCCAUUGCUGGCGCCAAUGUUUUGCGGGCAAUAUCUAGUUACAUAUAAUUUUCUAUGUUUGAAAGAAAGUAUGGUUCGAUAGUCAGUUCAAUGGAGCGAAAAACGUAAUUCCUUGAUAACUACGCUAAAUGAUAACUGUGCAGUGACGUAUCAUUGGAAAGUUGGGUUGGAAAAGGGAGAGAGAGAGGCUGUAGCAAAAAUUGGGAUUCCUAAAUGUGCGUUACUGGAGUUCAUGUUUUGUGAUGUAACUUAAGUAGAUGGGACGUUGACCCAUUGCUGUCACCAACGUUUUGCGGGCUUUUACCAGUUAAGUUUUUCUUUCUUUUUGCUAAAGAAAUCGAUGCUACUAAUCUUCUUUUCGUAACAGGUCAGAUACAUUUUCUUUUAUGUCCAAUGUAGUUAAGAAAGUAAUAGGCCGGCAGACUCUUUAAAACCGACCAGACGUCGCCUUCUUCUAUUGUAAAGUGUUUGUCUUGUUUUACUGAUGGGUACUGGGGUAAACGCGGCGCCUGGGGCGAUGCCUGAAAAUGACGCCCUCCAAUAUAAAUCAACGUUCCGCCUGGGAAGGACCAUUAUAAUUAAGCUUUAUAAAAACGUUAAAAAUAAGUGCGUGGCUUUUUACCUGUGAGUCCAUUUACAGGUCGUAGCUAAGGACAAGUUUGGCACCCGGGGUGAGUGCACCCUUUGUCCCCUUCCUUUGUACGGCCCUGGAUAGGUCACGAGGUGUUAGAGUGCACAUGCUACAUUACGAUGUUGAUAUCAAAUUUAGCGUUGUUGUUGUUGUAGGUCGAAUAGCCUGUCCCCCGUCUUGCAUCUUUCUUAAAACGUUCAUGUUCGAUUGAUUUUUCAAUACUUCAAUUAUUUUAAUCACAAAGUUUCAACUCUUUUGACUCUCUGAUAAUAUGUAUUUAUAAAAUAAAAUCUAACGGUAUAUUUUUUGUUAAAAAGUUGUAUAACCGUGACAGGACCCAAUUCCCACGUAAAGAAUUCUUCUAUUUAAAUGUGUGUUUAUGAUGUCAGAAACAGUCUCCAGCCCGAGGUCGAUUCGUGUGCAACCCCCCAGCGUGACAUAAUACCACUUGAUCCCUCUCCAGUGAUUAUGAAAGCCUCUGUUAUCUGGACGGUGGCUCUGCUGGCCUGGGAAUGUCAAGCACUCGUGAUACCGGCUGGCGGCACCAGCAGAGAUGGUGAGAACAUUUUAGUGUUACGGUGACCUUAAAAGCAGCUGGUUUUCAAAUGUAGCAUUGAAUUAUAAGUAGCGGGCUUUCAAAUGUAGCAUUGACUUAAAAGUAACUUACUUUCAAAUCAUUAACUUCUAUAAAGUAUCUGAUUUUAAAUCAUUAACUUAAAAAAAUAAGUUGACUUUCAAAUCUUUAACUUCUAUAAAGGAGAUGACUUUCCAAUGAAAACACAGCUAAAAUUGCAAAGCAGUUUCCCUAUCCGGAUAUUUGAUCGACGGUAAUUUGAUCGAACGGAAAUUUGGUCGAAUCAUUUUUUUCUUCAGUUUUUAUGUUAAAAUUUUGCUUCAAAUUUCUUUUUGAACGCAUUAUAUAGUAUAGUACGUUCAAAAAGGAUUUUGACGAACAUUUUAACGUGUUAAUUGAAAAAAAGAUUCGACCACAUUUCUUUUCGAUCAAAUUUCCGUCGAUCAAUUUACCGUCGACGAAAUUUCUUUCGAUCAAAUUUCCGGUAACCACCACUAUUUAGUUUUACCCCUAAUGUGUGUCUAAUAAUUCUUUUAUGUCGCGGUACCUAAGAAACCGAGUACCAGAGUGUCGUUCACUAUUCAUACAAUUUACUUUCCGAGUGGAUCUUCAUGCGGCCAUUUAGUUGUAUAAUAUCCAGCUAUUAUAAAAAAAUAAACUCUUAUAUUAUGGAGAAAAAAAGCUUAUGCUAUUUGUAAAGUGUAAUUGAACACACAACACUGUUCUAAUCAUGAAAGAAAAUAAAGUUUUAAAAUCCGUGUUUUCCAUUAUAAGUUUGGUAAAUAUGUUUUGAAGCAUCUUAAAAAUGUCUAUGGAAAGUUGAUUAUGUCUAAACAAUCCAAGAGUUAAAUGUGAUUUAAAAAUUAAUCAAAUAUGAGAAAAUUCAAAGGAACUUAAACAAAUAAACAAAAAAAAAUAAAUAAAGGAUUAUGGCUUUCAAAUGAUUUGUCUGAAACCCAAUUUAUAAUGUAAAGCGAAUAGAACAGGUUCCCUGUAGUAUUGUUUACAUUGUGCAGGCCUCCUCACAGACGACCAAUUCCCGUACCACGUCCAGCUGAAUGACGCCUACGAGCUGUUCUGGAACUUCAACACCACACACAUCAUUUUCCGCACCCACGUCAAGACGAACGGUAACGGGGCGUGGUGAACUGUGUGUCCUGGCACAUUGUGCCAUCCGCGACACACUGUUAAAACAUUCUGAUAAGUCUUUAAAAUGUAAUUUCAAAAUGUACCUUGUCAUUUACACGCGAUUUCAUUGACAAAAUCUAACACCCACUUGUCCAGUCAAUUUGCAUUCAGGCGGAAAUCAAUAUAACGCUAAAUCAUCGGGACAAAUCAAUUGAACGGCACGUGUGUGUGAUGAAUGAAUUGUGAGGUAAAGUCCUGCGUUAAAUAUUGAAAUAAGUGGGUGUUAGUUUUCUUUUCUAAUCUAACAACGUGAUUGGCUGAAACAUUUUUUUUUAAAAUUGUAAGCCUAAACUUGUAUCAGUCCAAAUUGUGGCCCCGAUAAUGCAAGGGCCGACAUGUCAGUUAUUUUACAAGUUUACAUCAAAAUUGCACUUUUAACUUUAAUAUAACAAAUGUCCACAUCCGAUCUCCUUAAAUUUUUAGAUCCUUACAAUUUUAAAUCCUUACAUACUUAAAACCUGGCUUUCUUACACCCGCCAAUCCUUAAACCUCUUACACUCUCCGAUGAUAUCUUGUUUCCAUGACCUGCUCUCAAAACACGCACACAUUUAAUCAAGAAAUUAUAAAAACGGGACGACAUUAGAGCACUCCACUUAAAGCACACAUACCUAAUGUCAACAUUGAACGAUCAAUAAAUAAUGACAGGAGAUUUAAAACAAAAACAAACACCAACCAACCGGCAUUUGACUUGUGUUUGUUUCUCAUCCAAACUUUGACAUAGGUUACAUUGGCUUUGGAAUUUCCCCAAAUGGAGCCAUGGCUAAUUCUGACGUCAUAAUCGGCUGGGUCAAGGACGGCCAGUCUUAUUUUGCCGUAGGUUAUUCUUCGUCACCUUUUUUGUCUUAUUUCAUUUGUGUAACGUUCAUUUUAUACUCACUGUUCAUGAACAUAGUUUUUGUUAUCUAACAUUAAUCGCCCAAAUUCUUUUUAUUAACAUUUUCAUUUUACAAGACAGUUUUCGAGACAAGUGCUUUUAGGGUCGAAGACAUGUACCCUAGUGUUGGAAACGUGUUUGACAAAUAUGCCUUAGGGUUGGAGAAAUGUGUCUUUUGGGUUUGACACAUAUGCCUAAGUUUGGAGAAAUGUUUCUUUUGGGUUUGACACAUAUGUCUAAGUUUGGAGAAAUGUGUCUUUUGGGUUUGACACAUAUGCCUAAGUUUGGAGAAAUGUGCCCGUUGGCUUUGAUACAUAUGGCUUAGGUUUGGAGAAAUGUUUCUUUUGGGUUUGACACAUAUGGCUAAGGUUUGGAGAAAUGUUUCUUUUGGGUUUGAAACAUAUGAUUAAGUUAAGGUUUGGAGAAAUGUGUCUUUUGGGUCUGACACAUAUGUCACAUGUUUUGAGACGCUUGCCUAUAAACAGCAAGCGGGAUUUGUAGUGGAUGAAAAGUAUUCAUUACAGGGGUCACGGGUCAUGGGUCUGGGGUUAUCAACAAGGAAUCAGUUGUUUUGGUUUCUCUGUAACUAUCGGGUUCCUAAUUAUUUCAUUUAAAUUAUUUGUUAUGGGUAGGGGGGGGGGAAUGGGCGGCAUGGGUAUCUUUUUAAGUAGUUUUUUUUUUUUACAUUUAUUGUGUUCGUCACACAUAUAUAAAAUAUUUACUUUCUAAUUAUAUCGUUUCAAAAUCACUUGACCUCUAGGAUCGCCACGCAGAGGGCCAUUUCUUGCCCGCCCAAGACGUCCACCAAGACUGGUUUCUUUUGAGUGGAACUGAGGUUGGAGAUUUCACGACCUUGACCUUCAUACGAAAACUGGUGACCUGUGAUUCUGAAGACCUGCCAAUAUUGGUGAGAGCCCCAUGACUAACUCCAUGAAUAAUCCAAUAAUCCCAUGUCUAAUCCAAUGAAUGGCACCCGCGACUAAUCCAAUGGAUAACCCAAUGAAUAACUCAAUGAAUAAUCAAAUGACUAGUCCCAUGACUAAUCCAAUAAUUAGCCCCGUGAAUAAUACAAUGGCUAAUCCAAUGACAAAUCCAAUGACUAUUCCACUAACUAAUUCAUUAACUGGCCCCAUGAAUAAUGCAAUGGUUAACAACCCGAUGACUAGCCCGAUGAAUAAUCCAAUGACUAAUCCAGUGACUGACCCAAUAAUUAACCCAGUGACUCACCCAAUGGCUAGCCCAAUAGAUAGCCACCCAAAUACGAUCUAGGACUGAUUCAACCCUGUUGUAUGGUUUCAAUGAUUUUCUAACUAUACCAACUCUAUUUGAUUCAAUCAUGGUGAACAUUAAACUAUGUUUUGAUGUACGGCGAUGAGUGUGUCGUAUAUAUUUUUGCUACUGUCCAUCACAGAAUGGCACGACGAGGGUCAUUUACAGCUACCAUCCCAGCGACCCAACUGCCGGUGACGCCAUCGGCUUCCACGGCACUGGACGGUACGGCACCCGGUCAAUCUUAAUGCUGGACCCGCCGGCCAGUGAGGAGAACUCGGUCAAACUACCCGAUGACGUCAUCACCGUUGACUUCCUGAAUCGGAAUGUGAGGGAGUAUUUAAAUCUAAUUAAUGUUACCACCCUAUGUAGCCCAAGUUAGCUCAAGAGUCUAUUUGCCAUGCUCUGAACUCACUUUCAUUUAUUUUAUUUUAUUUUUUAUUUUUUUUUGUUUGUUGUUGUUUUAAUUCUAAAAGUCUCUGACAAGAUUUUUUCAAAAUUGUAGAUCUUUUGUUUUAGUUUACUUACAAGAUAUAAUUUUAUAAAAAAUUUAAAUAAACAUUUUCCGACCACUUUUUUUUCUUUCUGACCUAUUCCAUUUUCUUCGAGCAUAUCAAAUGUGUAUCCAUUUAAUUUUAAUUUGAAACCAUCGCUUUCUGAACUGACGAACAAAGAGCUGUACGUGACAAGAGACUUCGUCUUCAUGAAAUGUUAUCCACUGCGUCAAAUUUCUCCAGUCAUUCUCAUACUAUAGCCAUUCUUACACUGUAGCCAUUCUCACAUUGUAGCCAUUCUAAUACUUUUUAAGGCGAGAACGUUGCGAUUAAUGGUCUUGACACAAUGUUUAUAAUACUUUUUUUAAUAAUAAGGUUAAUAAUACUUUCAAAAUGUUUAUAAUUCUUUUUCAAUGUUUAUGAAACUUUCUGAAUGUUUACAAUACUUAAGGUUUAUAAUACUUUCUGAAUGUUUAUAAAACUUUCUUAACGUUAAUCAUACUUUCUCAAUGUAUACAAUACUUUUGUCAAUCGUUAUUCUGAUGCACGCCAGUUCUCAGUGCCUGGGGCAGACACAUACUACAGGUGCCAGGUGUACAAGAUUCCAGAUCUAGGCCAGAAGCACCACAUGAUCAGGGUGAGCUGGAUGUGAUCUGUUAGAGGCUGAGCACGAAUGAAUUCAUGCGGCAUGAAAUAGAAACGGUGUUUGAACAAUUAAGUGAGAACCCCGAUUUAACGCGCCCCGCGAUGACGUAAAUUCGGAUACGAGAGCGGCCGAAGCCUUCCUACCGAAAUUUCACGUAUCCAUUCCUAAUAAUUUUGCCAACGCUGCUUGAAAUCUAAAAUAUAAGGAAAGGCUGCGGCUAUGCGGACCCCGUACCAGAAGUGAGAGGUUGGGUUUAUUAAAAAAAUAUUUAAAGUAUUAUUGUUGGGUUUGUAGGAUAAAAGUUGGUAUCGAUUGAAAGAUAAUUGAAUGGAAUAUAUGUUUGUAAACUUACUUCUUCAGUUUAACUAAAAUAAACUACGUCAAACUACAUCCGAAUAGCAUUGAAGUCUAAGGGGACCCGGGUCCGAAUAGCGGCGAUGCGUUUCCGGUUUUCUUUUUGACUAAAUGCUAUUCGGAUGUCACGUGUUGUAGUUUAUUUUUAUGAGUAAAGUUGGGUUUUUUCAAAUAGACCCAAGAAUGAAGUUUUGUAAAAAAAAAAAAUGUAUACAAUUACUCUGAAUAAUUUCUCAAUUCACGGUGACGUCAUCCGAUCCACGUUUACUCAGCCAAAACCAUGACAACAACAAAUGAUAUGAAAGCGGAAAUGAUAUUCACUGAAACAAUAUACUCUCUUCUCCCAGAAAAUAAAACGUUUUCGCUGUUUUGGUUUUUUUACGUGAAUGUACGUAAUACGAAACCCAUUAUUAAAUGAACACAAAUAUCGCGUUUAAAUAUAUACAUAUAUAUAAAGGUGUAAACAUUUUUAUAACAUUGAAUCAUUUUGACUAUUUAAAUGAUGAAUUGAACAAGCCAUAGUUAGUGCUAUACUGCCAUCUUGAUAACAAUGACCCAACUUCAUCUCUCUGACCAGUACGAGCCGGUUAUUCAGCCUGGCCACGAGCAGCUGGUCCACCACAUCCUGCUGUACUACUGCUCCGGCAACAAAAGUGAUUCUUAUGUGGGGACCUCCUUCAUGUGCUACGAUCAGGCGCCCAAGGAACUGAUGGGGUGUGAGCAUGUGUUAGUGGCCUGGGCAGUUGGUGGGCAGGUAAGAAAUGUCUUGGUGGCCUGGGCAGUUUUUGGGCAGGUAAGAAAUGUCUUGCUGGCCUGGGCAGUUGGUGGGCAGGUAAGAAAUGUCUUGGUGACCUGGGCAGUUAGUGGGCAGGUAAGAAAUGUCUUGGUGACCUGGGAAGUUGGCGGGCAGGUAAGAAAUGUCUUGGUUUCCUGGGCAGUUGGUGGUCAGGUAAGAAAUGUCUUGGUGGCCUGGGCAGUUGGUGGUCAGGUAAGAAAUGUCUUGGUGACCUGGGCAGUUGGUGAGCAGGUAAACAAUGUGAGGUCAUUAAUAAUUCAAUUCGCCUUUGGUUGGUGCGUGUGUCUAUUCACGUUGCCAUCUCAAUAAUGUUCAUCAAUCUCUUGGGCAGUCGGAGAUGCUGUUAGAAAACUGAACCAAUCGGGACUGAUAGUACCGAGAUACAUUCAGGGGAGCAAUUUAAAGUUGAAAUUAACUACUGAAAACGACUUGUGUCCCAAGCGUGUACUUAAGUUAUAAUAUAACGUUUCCUGGAGGCCCGUCACUUAAGUUGUGAUGUAAGGAAUUCAUGGGGGCCCGUCACUUAAGUUGUGAUGUAAGGAAUUCAUGGAGGCCCGUCACUUAAGUUGUGAUGUAAGGAAUUCAUGGAGGCCCGUCACUUAAGUUGUGAUGUAAGGAAUUCAUGGAGGGGGGUUCAUCGUCCAAAUUGUGUUUGCAUAUUUUUGCAUUUACACUUGCCUGAUUUUUUUUUCCUCUGAACAAAUUUCUUGACAAUUUUUUUUUAUUUUCCUUUUCCAGGCUUUCGACUACCCGGCUCAUGUUGGCCACUCUCUCAGCUCACCCGGUGACCCAGUUUUGAUCAUCAUGGAGACACAUUACAAUAACCCAGAUUUGAGAACAGGUCGGUAAGAAGUGGCACACUGCCACACGGGGUGGCCCGGGGGGGGGGGGGGGGGGGGGUUUGGGUUUGAGAAAACCUCUGCUUCCGCUUUGAAUUGGAAUUUGAAUGUUUCCAGGGAACAAAAUAUAACUACGGGACGGUAAGAAGUGGCACACUGCCACACGGGGUGGCCCGGGGGGGGGGGGCGGGUGGGGUUUGGAUUUGAGAAAACCUCUGCUUCCGCUUUGAAUUGGAAUUUGAAUGUCUCCAGGUAACAAAAUAUAACUACGGGAUAUUUGUCUGUAUAGUUUUAUAGUUCUUUACAUAUAUAUUUUCAAAGGAUUUUUCUUAGGAGGAAAAUAAAUAUACCUGAAAUGUUUGCCAUUGGCUGGAACUGAACUCCAGUCAAAUAGCAUGGUAUGAAAUGAUCGAUUAGCCGCACAGGCAUAACCCCCUCUAAUCCAAAUUAUCAAUUUUUGAGGAUUAAAACUAAAAAAAAAAUUUAAGUUGUACUAAAUCACAUUUUAAAAAAAAUGGAUUUUAUAAUUGGACUUACUUAAUAAUGUGAAGAGGUAUUGAGUUUAAGCAAAAUUUUUAUCGUCUCUUAUCAAUAUUAUCAUGGAAUGUUCAACAAUGUUCUAACUAUUUUUUUUUACUGUAAAUUUUUGCAUGAUUAAUAUUCAUAGUCAAAUCCCAAAUUCAACACAAAUACCAUGACUAGCAUGACACACACAUCCAUUAUUUACCAAGUCCGAAUGGGGUGGGAUGGGGGGGAUGGAGUGGGGGAAGCCGGGGGGGAGGAGUGCUUCCACUCAGGGAUGGGGGUCUAGACCUCCAUGACCCUUAUCAGCAACACGCCAACCAACAGCUCUGGUCGGGAUGGAACAAAAUCAGUUAACACGGCUCAUGGCUCACCUCUUUAGUCUCCUCACUGCACAUGAAGAAAAAUUUUAAAAAUAACAAGAAUAUGCUAAAUACUAAAAGAUUAAAAAUAUAUAUACAUUGAAAAGACAAGAAGCCGCCUAUGUCUUAACGAAUUGUGUCAUCUUAUUUCUGGGAUUAAAAAAAAAACAACACAACUAUUAUUGUGAAUCCUUUGACUUUGAUAAAAAAAAAUUACAAAAUAAUAAUACAAAUAAUAGUUAUUUUAAAAAAUAAUAUUUUAAAAAAAGAAUAAACUGGUUGGUUUUGGUCGGCUAGACGUAUUUGAAAAACUAUUAUUGGCAGUCAUGUUGAGGUCAGGGUGGUGCUGGGUGACGGGAAGACUGUUAUUGGCAGUCAUGUUGAGGUCAGGGUGGUGCUGGGUGACGUGGACAGAUUUUUGAACUGUCACUCAAAGCCAUUUGGGGGCGUGGUGUGGCCAUUUAAAGAUCGCACAGCGCUCUGUUGGGGGUGUGGCAAGAAAUUUUAAACAAAAUUGCAACUCAGUGCCCGAUUGUGAGUGUGGAGUGAGAGAAGGUUUUAAAAACACAUUUUUUAACUUAUUUUUAAAAAUGUUAUAUAUCUGUAAUAUUAAAAUAAUACCAAAUAAUGUAACAGUUAACUUCAGUCAAUCAAUUAUAACAUUUUAUUAUGUCCUUAUCUACCAAUUCUUUCUUUUCUUCAUCAUGUCUUCAUAAUGUCUUCAUCCUGUCUUCAUCCUGUCUUCAUCCUGUCUUCAUAAUGUCUUCAUCCUGUCUUCAUAAUGUCUUCAUCCUGUCUUCAUCCUGUCUUCAUCCUGUCUUCAUCCUGUCUUCAUCCUGUCUUCAGAUUUUGUGGACAACUCCGGCAUGCGCCUGUACUUGACCAAACAGCUGAGACAGCACGAUGCGGGUAUCAUUGAGGCCGGUCUGGCAGUUGACAUGAAUCUUGUUGUACCUCCGUACGAGAGCAGCUUUGUCAUGAGAGGUUACUGUCAGAGCAGCUGUGUCGACCAGGUAAGUAGCUGAUCAAAUGGUUAUUGCCGAAUCAGUUGUACUGACAAUGUAGAUAUGUAGUGGAUAUUGUCAUAGCAGUUGUACUGAGCGUCACUGAAACGUGGUUGGGGUCAGUAUAUUGAUUUGACAAUUAUGUGACAUUUGGGUCAAUGAGGUACCCUGGCUAAGUAGUAGGUUACUGGCUAAUUUCAUGUGACGUUGUAUUGGAUUAUCCUGAUCAGUGAUUUAAAAUUAUCCCUAUAAUCACAACAGAGUUGUUUUAUAUAAAUUCAAUCCUUAGUUACACUGUUCUCAUCCAUAACUUGCCAGGGUGUGGGAGAUCAAGAGAUCCACAUAUUCGCCAACUUGCUUCAUGCCCAUCUCCUGGGCAGGAAGUUGAGAACACGUCACUUCCGGAAUGGGGUGGAGCUGCCGCCCAUCAUGGAGGACAACAGUUACGAUUUUAACUACCAGGAGAUGAGAAAGUUGAAGGAAGAGAGGACCAUCAAGAAGGUAUGAUGGGGAACAGCUGGGUAUGUCACGUGAUAUGUGAAAACGCGGCGACGAUUUUAUGAAAUGACUUUUGAAUCUAUUGUGAUUUUUAAAAAUGGGCCAAUCCUGGGAGCUCUUCUCUUUUUGUGUAAUAUUAUUGUAUUUUUUUUUAAAAGUUAAGAAAGUUAAGAACAGUUACAACAUGAAACAGAAUCGAUAUUAUUUUACAACACUGUUGAUUCGAUUACUUGAUUACUCUUAAUAUAAUUUAGAUGUCACCAAUUUGAACUUAACAAGACUUACUUUCUUCUUAUUUUUUUGUGUGGUUAUUAUUGGGACGCAAUAAACACCAUGUGAUGUAUUGAUUCACAGGGCGACAGCUUGAUUGUUGAAUGUGACUAUGAUUCCACCAAAAGGACAUCCCCUACCUAUGUAAGGCUUAGGCAAAGCUAAAAGUAUAGAUAGAUUUGAAUAACAUUUACAGAACAUGUAUGUGGCGUAACUUAUUAGAUACUCACAAUGCUUUAAUUAUAUUUGCCUUUCUUCACUUAAAAGAUACACCUGCAUGUGUAAGGCUUAGGUAAGCCAGACGUAUAGAUAGAUUUGAAUAACGCUUACAGAAGGUUAAUGUGGAGUACCUUAUUAGAUACAUAUAAUGCUAUAAUUAUUCAAAAGUUAUCGAUAUUUUUAGAGAAAUCUCUUUACGACACGCUCGCAACUGUUCAUAAGUAUCUUAAAAUACACGAUUAAUACUUCUAAUGAUAAUAACUGGUAUAUAUGUGUGUGUAUAUAUAUAUAUAUAUAUAUGACUGACGUGACCUCCAGGGUGGACUGAAAACUACAUACGAGAUGUGCCUCUCGUUCCUGGUCUUCUAUCCAAAAACUCCAAUUUCAAGGUGUCUAUCCAGGUGAGAAAACACAAAUAUAAAUUAAUUUGUAGCGAGAGACAUCGGAAAACAUUAACAUAUAGAGACCUACAGUACAUAUUUGGUCCACAGUCACAAUGUUACUACUUAUGCGGGUGUGAAAAGGGUUUCUAUUUUUUAAUGGAUACAUUUCCUAAAACAACGAUGGUUCAGUUUGAGGGAACACCGCUGUAAAGGGGUAGAUUGUAACAGCGUUAAUGUUUGAUAUCCGUGACCUAGAUUUGAGUACAGCGGAGAGUAUGCCGGGGACAAGUUGUACGGGGCACUUCAAACAAAGGACUGGUCCAGUCCCGUGGUGAGGAGCAGCUUCCGGAAGAACAUGGAGGACUCCAACAUCCUCAACCUCUGCUGGCUGAACCCCAACCCUGAGGUAGGGCUGUUCGUAGCUCAGAAUUAAACAAGUCUCCUUCCUCUUCUAUAUUUUGAGGGCCCACAAUCAAUGAAGUGAUCAUUCUGGCUCCUAUGUUUCAGAGGUGUUCGCGUUGUUACUUUGCAUGGUUUUCAAGGGGGAUACUUCACUGGUUGCAAAUGAAAGGCUUUAUUGGAAGAAAUGUGUUUUUAAAACCCUGAAAAGAAAAGGAUGCUUGUGUUAAAAAAAAUAGAAUGUCUUUUAAUCGGAUGAGUUGGCCUUAGGAUUGACUUAACGAGCAGUUAUAUGAUUAACUUCUCCCACAAGGCUUUCAUAUGUGAAGAAUCAUACUUAAAAUAAAUAAGGGAUUUCAAUCAAAGAAAUUUAACUUAUGCCAUAUCACAUUUAAUGGGAAAUAAAAAGUGGGGAAUGGCAUAUCUCAUCUAUUGAUAAUUUUGAUUUGGAAAAGUUUAGCAUGGGUAGCGCAAAUCAAUAAUGGUAGCUGAAGUAACAUAACCUUGUCAUGGGCUACUUAAGAAGCAAUUCUCAAAAUUCUCAAGAUUAUGGGAAUAAAAUUAGAUUUUAUAAAUCUGAUCAGAAAUGAUCACGUCACAAAUUAAGUGAUGAGCGGUUUCAAAUCACAAGAUUAAUUGGAAUGAUGUUUUUAAAUUAUUUUUUUUACUUAACAAGGUGACGCCGGCUGGACAUGUUCCAAUCUUGACUCAGUUCUCAGACAUUUACAAAUUUAUUUAAUCACAUCAAAUGUACAUGUGGUUAUCGUUCGUUCAUAUUUUACAGUGGAUCUACGGAGUGACGGCGACACCAAAUAUAACACAACCUUAUCAGGUCCCAGAUACAUGUGGCCAUUAGGACUUGACGUUCAACUGUGGCAGUGUGUACCAGGCGUGCGUUUUUCAACAGUCAUCCCACUCAUUAAAAGACACAGAAAGACUGUAAGACUCUAAAAGUUCGCGGAUCUUUUUUUUUUCUUACACACUUUUACAAUAAACAUUUCAUUUCUCUUUUUUUAUCGUAUUUUAUUUCACGCAAGGAAUGGUGACUUGUUAUGUUGUUGAUUUAAAAAAAAAAAAAUUAAAUAAAAUUUUUCGGAUGUACCUCAGAC